AUUACGCGUUGAAUUCGCGUUCGCGGAUCGUUGUGUCGCGUACAUUUUGUCGCGACAAAUGCUCCCGCUUUUCCAUCUUCCUCCCUCGCUCGCUUUAUCUCCCUCCUUCUCGAUCGAGCUUCCCUCUCCUCGUACUAAGAGGCCCCGAUACGGUUGCGAGAUGACGCGAUUGGUCCCUACGAUCCCGCAUACGCGCGAACCGACCUUUAGUUCGUUCGCCGCCGAUCUCGUGUACGGUCGUACCUGUUGGUACCCGAUUGAGCGCUCGCCGGUUAGGAAGCAGUCUAAUCCCAGUCGUUUUCGAAAGAUCGUCACGCGGUCUCGUACGUGCCACCGAUAUAUAUAUAUAUACAUAUAUACAUACAUACAUACAUACAUACAUACAUACAUACAUACAUACAUACAUAGAUACAUAUAUACAUACAUAUAUAUAUAUAUAUAUAUAUAUAUAUUCGGGUAUAUAAGAGAGGUGUGGAAGAAGGGAGAGUAGGGGAGGAAGGAAGAAAACAAAAAAAGGGAAGGAAGGAAGAAAGGAAAGGCGUAAAUCGAGAAUAAGAUAGCUCGCGUAGAUCGCGAGUGUCGUCCGUUCAUCCCUUCUGCGACGGAAAAUCUGGAAAGUCAAGGUGCGAGUCUCGAAAUGUCGUCCCUGAAGGGCGAUAAGACACCUUACGCACGUCUUUGCCACAUCGUCAAGUGGGAUGACUUUGACGGUUACGGCUUCAAUCUUCACGCGGAGAAAGGAAAGAACGGGCAGUACAUCGGUAAGGUGGAUGAGGGUUCCCCGAGCCAAGCUGCUGGCUUGAAGCAAGGGGAUCGAAUCAUCGAGGUAAACGAGAUUAACAUAGCCAAUGAGACUCACAAGCAGGUGGUCGAACGCAUCAAGGCGUUCCCGAACGAGACCAAGCUCCUGGUGCUCGAUCAUGAGGCUGACGAGUACUUCAGGGCAAACAACGUCAUCGUCAAGGGCACCAUGGCGAACGUCAAGGUGAUCAAGACGCCGGAGAGGAAUCCGAACAGCGUGGAUCACGAGGAGGGAUCGGACCACGGCAUCUCCGCCGACGAGAAUGCACGAAAGUCGACCGGGUCCAACGACACGGAGCAUAGCGAUAGCACGGCAACGACGGUGAAUGCUUCUACGAUAGCGAUGACAACGACGACGAUGAUGACGACGACGGCUUCGUCGACGACGAUGUCCUCGUUGUCGAGCGAAAACGAAGAGACGAGUGUCGCUCGGGAAAACGGCAGUACCAAGUCGAGAAACAGCGAGACGACGGAGGCACACGUACACGGAACCGGCAACGGCACCGUCGCCGGGAACAACGAGCCCCGGCAAGGUUUGAACCUGAAGAUGAGCGCGAAGGAGCUCAGGGCUCAGCUGGCGGCACGGAAGAAGUACGAUCCUAAGAAGGAGUCGAUCGGCUUCAAGGACAAAUUCGACAUCGUUCAGAAACUUUAAUUAUUAAGUCGGCUAAUUAAGAAGAACAAAGAAAGAAAGAAACAAACAGGCAAACAAGCAAGCACAAAAAGAAACGAAAAUUGAAAGGACACGGUAUCAUCUCGAUCGAUCUAAAAGCCACGAUGUGAUUCUUCGUAUUUCUUGGCGAUCCUUUCUGGUUCUUGCAUUUCUCUUUUAUCGGCCCUUUCUCUCUAUAUACUCAUCGAUAUUAUUAUUACGAACGAGCCAAAUCUCCGUUGGCCAAAUUUUAUCUAGCGGGGUAGAGGAAGGCGCUUUAUCGAAAAGGAACGUACACAUACGAUUACAUCCAUCCGGUCGUUGCGAUAAAACCGCGACGCGUUACGUUCGUUGGCUUUGUUAAUUAUUGUUUUAAGCGGGAAGAUCGCGUGAUGAAGGUACGCGAUAGAUAUAGGUAUAGCAUAGAUUAUAUACACAAUAUAUAUAUGGGAAAAGAGAGAAAGGACAACAAAUCGUCGUGUUCUCGUUCCUUCGAGAGAAUCCUCUCGCGAAUGCGAAUACGAAAAUCGGUAUACGAUAUAUAGGUGGAGAAACGUUCGGUUGGUAACGCGAGUCCGGAUAUACGUAAUUACGAAGACACGGAUAAUUACGGUAAAUUCGUUCCUCGAAGAUGUUACCGCGAUUACCUGCCAUUUUCGCGGCAAAAUACUUCCGGAUAUUCGUUCGUUAGGCAGAGCCUCCUCCUACUUAUUUUCCUCUUCCCGUCUUUCGCAAUCGGUUUGUCGUCAAAGAUAUUUUUUUUUCUUUUCGUUUCUUUUUUAAAACUUUGUGUAAUCUCGGGAGCGAGUCGCCGAUAAUUUAUUCCCGAAUGCUAGUCGCCGAUUCUUCAUUUUCAUCAAAAAUUCGUAUUUGCGCGACAAAAAUUCGAUGAACUCGCCUUUGGUAUUGGCUCGAAGCUAGCCGCGAAUAGUUUUUGAAAAAUUAUAUUUCCACGUACGAUGGAAACGCAAGAUGCUAUUCUCCUCCAGAUUCGUGCGCCUCUAGGAUCGAGGAAAAUGAACGUACACAUACGAUUUCAUCGUGUCGCCUUUGACACCGAUCUUCGAAAGAUAAGCGCAACGCCGUUAUUAAUCGUCUCUUUUAUAAAUAUUUUCUCCGUCAAACUUUGUAUCCACUUACUUUUCCCACUAUCAGCCGUUCGAAAAAGUUUGCGUCUGGGUUGCGAAGGAACUUUGCGUUUCUCCGAUCAUCGGAAGGAAUUUUUCAUCGAUAAGAAAUAACGAUAACGUCAAUGCAUUAUUGCGGUUAUCGAGAUAGAAGGAAGUCGUGAAAACGUAAUAGAAAGUGUAAUAUGUAGUCCGGUAAUAUAACGUGUCCUACAUGUCGAUAAAAUAGCAAGUAACGUGCAAUUGUAAAAAUGUUAUUACGACGAAAUGAGAUAACCGAGUUAUAGCAAGUAGCAAGUAGCAGCGAGAAUGCGCGUUAGAACGCAAUCGUACAAUGCUGAGAAUACAAUAUUUUUCACGUUAGUUCGCAUAGUUGGUUUACACGCUUGAAUCGAGACUCGAGGAGAGUCGUAGGAACGUAUAUAAAAGUUAGGUUUAGAUCUGACUGUACGUUGCUAAAUAUUACGACGACAUGUUGUGCAACAUUCAAUUAUCGUUAUCGUCGCUGGUACGCGCUCACCUGCAUCCAACCCGAGUCAGAGACACGAUUCGUGCCGCUCGUACUAACGACUUUUGGUUUCCCUUUCUUCCUAAAUCUCCAAAAUGGCAUCGCGAUUUCUAACUCUUAUUACAAACGUUCAUUUAGAUUUUACACGCAAAUUCUAUUCCACCAUUAUAUUUAUUCUCUCUCUUUUUCUCUUUUUUUUUUUUUUUUACGCUAGUCCGUUGUACCGACUACUAUCUAUCGACGUUAGCGCAACGUCAGGUUUAUUCCGAUUAUUCCUAUAUUAUUCAAGCCUAUAACGUACGUUUCAAGUAAUUUUAUUGUUGUAUUCGUCGUUGAGCGACGGGAUUUGCAUUGAGCAAUAGCAUUCGAUGACAUUAGAGCAUUACUACUCCAAAUACCGUUAGGACGACGCGCGACUUAUACGUUCGCUCAAAGGAUCGCCUUCAAGGAUCGCUAAUCGUGAAUGGAAUUUUAAUGCGCGAGAGCCCCUUUUCUUUCCAUAGAUCAUCGCUGGUACGAGGAGAGUUCGUUUAGCAUUACGACGAUUAGCAUUACGCGCGAGAUGCACGAAAAAUCUCACUCGCGUAUGCGAUUCGGUGAAAUAUCUAUGUAUCUCUGUGUUGAUUCCUACAGAACCAAUUUUGUACAUCUUUCUAAUUUAUUCGCUUUCAAGGAUUUUUUUUUUUUUUUUAUUAUCUUCAGAGUCUAUCAUCUCGUCGAGUCGAUGCCUUGUAAAGUCGAUUAAAUUGACGACAGUGUCCUGUAAAGUAUUGUACUUUUGCCGAUCUAGAUAUUCAAGAUGCCUACAUUGUCGACGAUCGCCGUCGUUGAUCGCCGUUAAGAAGGUGACCGCCAUCGUAACUUAGAAACGUGUCGGAGUAUUUUUCGAGGAAGGCUAUAAAUCGUAUUACGUGGCUAUAAAUUGUAAUUGUUCAAUCGUCUCCUAAUAACACACGUUCGCACGUCAAUCACGUUUUCUGCAAUACGUUUGAUCGUUGUAAAAUGUAAAUAUUAGAGAAGUCGUGUGCCAGUUUCGGUGCAACGAUCACGAUGAAAGGGUGGAUACUACGUUUAUACAAAAUCACGGUCCCGCUUAUAUAUUUGCAACGUUUCUUUUCUUUUUUUUUUUUUUUUUUUUUUCCUUUAAUCUCAUUUUAUCUCUUACUACCAACGGUCAAUAGUUACUCACUACUUUUCAAGUAAACAUUUGUUAUAAUGGAUCGGAUAGAUUCGAGAGAGACGAUGUAUAUUUUGUUUAGUAAAAAAAAUCGUAAUCUUUUCUAUCGAUUGGUUGCACCGAACUUUUAAAAUGUAUAUAAUUAUAAGCACAUAUACAUAUGCACGGUUCUUUUUUUUUUUUUUUCCUCCAUUCUUCCCGUAAGAAUGGAACGUGCACGUUGUUAUGGUUAUCGAGCGCACAUAAAGAUGUUAAUUACGUUAGUUUAAGUUUACUAUUUUCUUGUUUGACUAUAAGACUUAGUUAUUGUGUUACUCAUUGUAGUACGUGUACGCGCGUACCUACUGUCUAUUUACAUAAAACGUCGAUGUACGUGUUAUUAUUCGUU